CCUAGUAGAUAGAGUGCGAGCCAAAUAAAUGCCAUCGAUUUAAUUUUUCCGUCAUUGUCUUACCCACACAGCACACAUAUUUCGGUAUUCUCUAGCUUGUAUACUUGUAUUCGUGUGCUUGUACUUGUGCCUGUCAGAAAAACUCUAAUAAGCUCCAACAAAAGGUGUGGUGUAGAAAAACUGGUCAACAUGUUCGCAUUUCCAGCUCCAAAUGUUGGUGUUUGAGCAGCAAGCGUAACGUGUAUUGUUUCAAGUCAAAAAUCGCGAAGAAAGAAAUGUUUAAAUGUCUCAAAGUAUAGGUUAUGCUCCAUUGAAGAUUGGCUUCGGGUGGCAGCAGGGUGCCCCAGAGUGCGUUUGAGAUGAGCAGCUGGGCGGCCAGAAUGCAUAGGCGGGCUGCCACUUUCGGGAACGUGGUCACGUCUUGUGGGCAUCCCUCGGGACCCUAUCCGCGCAGACUGGAGAAAGUCAAGUUUGGAGUGCCCCUUGAAGAAGUCUGCAAGAAUGAUAUCCCUGGACCACUUUUGGUACUCAUAUUAAAGCUGAACAAAGAAGCCCCUUACCGCAAAGAUGUGUUCAGGGCACCGGGUCACCAAGGCGCCAUGAAAAAGCUGAUCCAUUUCCUUCAAACAGGUAGAUUGGUCAACAUGGACAAUUUUAGCGUCUACACCAUUGCCAGUGUGCUUAAGAAAUUCCUCAGGAAACUGCCAGGUGGCGUUUUCGGCAGAGACGUCGAGAACAAGUUCUUCGACGUCAUCGAAAUGGCCGAUUUGCAAGCUCAGCAAGAGGAAAUACAUAAAAUCAUCACAUCUCUGCCGAUCUACACCCAGCGCCUUCUAGUGUUAUUAUUCGGCACUUUCCGCGUGAUAGCCUCCAAUAGCGAAUCAGCUCACACUGGGAUGACCAGCGAAGCCCUAGGCGUCAGUGUAGCCCCCAGUUUCUUCCAUUCCUGCGUUAGCGACGGUAAGACUGCCAAGAUGGAGGACGUUAUGAAGUUCAAGGUUGCCUCCCGAGUAAUGAAACACCUGAUCGAAGACUUCGCCUCCUCAAACCUGUUCGGCCGCGACAACUACGAGUACUAUGCGAGAGUCACCGGACGGGUACUACGGGUGCAAGGCGAAUGGAUUUGCUCAUUCCAGUACCCGCCAGCGAAUGGCGUUUAUCCCAACGAAUGCAUAGCUCUGGAACGGUACCUGAUCGCCAUCGCGCAAGUAGAAGAGUGCCAGUCCACACCAGCUCUUUUGGAGGUCGGUCUUCAACAGCAAGUUACUGCCACUUCGUUGGGCAUGAUCGCAGAGCACGGACUAUUAGAGUCUUGCACUAGACUGUCGGUUUCUUUAGAACAAAAUGGAUUAUUUCAGACAGGAGGGUAUCUGUUACAGGGUAACACUACAUCACAUUCAUCUAGCACUAGUCAUUCCUCAAGACAUUCAGGUCCGAAAAUGACAUUGGACGAAUUGAAAGCUGUCAAUAAGUAUGCAGAAAGCACAAGAAGUCUUAGCUACUUACCACAGGUACACGAGCGACAGACUGAACGAAUGAAAACCAGAUCUCAAUGGUUCUUAGGACCAUCGGUAGAGUGCACCAGUUGUGGUGGGUCUGUGGACUUGCCAUUAAAUGAAGCUGAUGUAUCUGCUCUAACCAAUGCACUUUUGAGAAGAUCCUCGUCAGGCACUAUAGUUGGUAUCGCGGGAUUAUCUUUGAGCGCUGAAUCUAUCCAGAAAAGACCCAGUUUGAAGAGAUCCAAUUCUAGAGAUAAAAGAUACCUUUAUCGGAGCGCUAGUAAAAGAAACAAAGAAAACGGAUCUAGGUCGAACAGUUUCAAAUCACGCGGCGAGCGCAAGUCUUCUAACUCUCGCCCCGGCAGUUUCAAGUUGAAGUACGACAACAUAUCAAAAUCUUCUAGUUUCAAGAACAAGGGGGAGUUGUGCUCUUGUCCUACAAAUGGGAGCAAAGAAGGCGCAACUGCGAUCGUCACAACCUCUAAUGAGGCUUCUCCUGGAGCUCCAAAGACUACAGAGACCAUAUGCGUUACUCUCAAGUAUAAACCGCGUAUUUAAGAUUAUGACAUGUACAAGACUUGUUUAAACUAACAGUUUUUCACGGGGUGGUGAAAAGUAUAUGACUAAGUAUUUGACUCUAACGAAUUCAGACUAGAUAGAUGGAGGAUUCGUACGAUUUGUUUAUCUCCUGUAGUCAGGAUGAAAGUGUACUUAACAUAAAUUGAUUUUUUGACAGUUCUGUG